AUGGCCAGGAGACCCCUGGCGGCCUGCCGAGUCGUCACUAUCCUAUGCAUCCGCUGCAGCGUCUGCUGCCGUAAGCUGUCCUCCUGGUCCUGCCUGGGCAGCACGAGCAAGCAGAGAUGCUGCUGGUCUGAGGGGGGCGUGAGAGUGGACGAGUGUUGGUGCGUGCGCGCAGGUGCGUGCACUUCCUGUGAGGGGUCGGGGGACUGUGUCGCAAGAGGCGAUGUGGAGCAGCUGCGGCAGCGAGGAGCGGACGGGCACAACGCCCACGCCCUCCCACACGGGAGCUCGUCAGUGGUAAGCCUACGAGUGGGUCUAAGGGGUGGCCCUUGCGGACAACCCUUCACUCGCUGUCCCCUUUCCCCUCCCACAACCCCACCCUCCUUUUACCCUCCCUCACCCCCCCUCCACUCACGGCCAUCAGCGUCUGUGGUUUCUCACAGCGAGCGAGCGGGGCAUGGCGGAGCAGAGGUGGAGCAGAGGUGGAGCAGAGGUGGAGCAGAGGUGGAGCAGAGGUGGAGCAGAGGUGGAGCAGAGGUGGAGCAGAGGUGGAGCAGAGGUGGAGCAGAGGUGGAGCAGAGGUGGAGCAGAGGUGGGCGUACUGCGGCGGCUCCGCCAGGCCAGCUGCUUCCUCCCUGCCACCGCCGCGGCCGCCACCCGUGGCCUGCGACUGGCGAGCGGACGAGACCUCAGCGAGUGGCGCGCACUGGGGAGGGACACGGGGGGGAAGCGGGAAAGGGCUGCCCUCCCCGCACCACUGCCACUCACCCGCACCCCGCCUCCCACUGCCACUCUCCCGCGUUCCCCGCAUCACUGCCACUCACCCGCCCCCCUCCCCGCACCAUCGCCAUUCACCGCCCUCGCCAUCGCCACUCACCCCCCCCACUGCGCCAUCGCCCGCACCGGUCGCCAGCGGCGAUGCCCGCCUCGCCCGCGCCCGCUGCAGCAGCUGCGCGCCACGCCCUCCGCCUGCGGGGGAAGAAAGGCCCGCGCGGAGUUGCGAAGCUGGGGAGACUCAAACGGGUGGACGAGAAAUGA